CAGGUUUACAGCAAACGCUCAGUUAUACAGUGGCUAUUUUAUUUAGACUCCAAAACAUGUCGUGUGGAUACACGUAUUUUUUUGUUUGUUUAAAAAAAAAAAAAAUAAUAAUAAUAAUAAUAAUAAUAAUAUCGACAACACCAUUGAUAUAACGAAACGGUUUUAAACCAGUUAGAAAAGCUUCACAUUUUGUAGCUCCUGAAAACAUCGCUGCCUGAGUGGCAAAGGAAACCAUAGGCUACACUGGCAGAGAAAUGAAACUGAAACGAAGAUCUCGUUCAGUGAAGAGCUUCAACAGAGGUGCGGAGCUACGUUGAUUCACGGCACUAAAUAGGACUACAAUGAUGUCCUCUGAUGAGGAUUACUCACUGAUCUCAGAGGCUUCUGAAUUGCAAAGAAUCCAGUUUGAAACAAAUAAAUGCAAAAUGGCAUAUGACAGUAUCAUCAGUGAUCAGAAAAUGCUUGUUGAGGCCCGUGAAACCAACUUGCACUUCACCAAACAGUUUGACCAGCGUGCUGCUACCAUGAGGGCAGCCCUGAAAGCAGAGGAGAAGAGGCAAGAAGAAGUCUUGGAAAUGGACAAAAGGAAAAUCACUGACCUGAUGGAAGAGCAGCGCAGGCUCAAGUCAGAAAUUCAGAGCGUGCAGCAGGACAUCCUGCAAAUGGAGGAAACCAACUACUGCCUGAAACAGCAAUCAGAUGUGUCUACUGCAGUUCCUGAGAGAAAAGUGGUUUUCAAGGGCCAGACAUCUGGUACAGGGGAUUCCUCAGGGUUUGACAUAGUGCCCAAAAUUGUGUACCCCAUGGAAGGUGGCACUGCACUGAUCACCUUUGAGGAUGAGACAGUGGCUCAGCAUAUCCUAAAAAUGAGGGACCAUGAGGUUCAGCUGGAAGGAAACAUCACUCUCAAUGUGCAGGCCUUACCUGUGCAUCUCUUGGUGCCCAGCUAUGUGGAGCUGGAUACUCAGGUAUGUCCUCGCCGUGUUCUGGUGUCCAACCUCCCCAAAGUGGAGUCCGUGGAACGUCUGCUGGACAAACUGGAGAUCUAUUUCUCUAAGAAGAAGAAUGGGGGUGGGGAGGUGGAGGAGGCAGACAUGCUGCAUGACUCUGGGAAUGUGGUCAUCACCUUCACAGACAACAAUAUUGCCAAAGGCCUGACUGAUAAGCAGGACCACGAGGUGAAAAUCUCUGGAGAAAAAAAGCACAAGGUUAAAGUCACACCAUUCCUCAACGGAAAAAUUGCAAACCUCCAGACUCGUGAGACCGUGUGCCAACGCAGCGUGCUGCUCUCGGGCAUCCCGGCCAUCAUGGAACAAGACAGCCUGCAGGACCUGCUGGAGAUCCACUUCCAGAAGACCAGCAACGGUGGCGGAGAGGUGGACGACGUCAUCUACAAUCCUGUGGGUCAGCACACACUGGCUGUGUUUGAGGAGGACUCUUCCACUGAGGCCCAGAGCCAGUGAAAUGUCCACACUUCAGUCUAAGGUGCACUCUCCUCAAUGUUUAUCAAGGGCUAUACUCCUUAUGGGAUGGAUUGUCAGAUGAGAGCUUCUUGUUGAAGGAAUCCUCAAUUACCUCAUAAUUGAUAAUGAUAAUGCUGGGUUGUAUCUUGGACAUCAGCUAUUUCUCCGUCAUUGUGUAAAUUGUAAAGUCUUUCAUGUCGUGUAAUGGCUUACUCUGUAAUAUUAGUGAAUGGGUCUCAGUGGGGGUGAUUCGGUUAUAUACUUUAUAUUUUGUGUUAAGCUUCUCUUGUACAAUAACCUGAAUGAAAUGCACAUGAGUAAACCGGGUAACUUAAGUGAA